AUGUCAGCGCCAGGCACUUCUCUCUCCUCAAGCUCGCGCCCCUCUACACCAUCCAAGCCAGCACGGCUCGAACACUACCUCGGUCUUUCACAUGCACCUCAUUCAAACAAGCCAUGCAUCGUCAAGCCCAUGUCCAUCACAGUCGAAGACGGACCAGACGGAGCAGUACCAGGCUUCCUGCACCUUCCGCCCACUGCUUCAGCAACACCAGCGUCCAACACAGCCGCCAUCCUUCUUUCGGGCGCAGGCGGCGGCAUCGUGGGACCAUCAUCCAUCUACCUCUCGUUAGCAGAUAAACUAGCUUCGCUCAAACAGCCAGUCCCAGCACUACGCCUCGACUACAGAUAUCCAGCGCGCAACAAGUACUGCGUCAGAGACGUGCUGUCUGCUAUGGACGAGCUGGAGGGGAGCUACGGAAUUAAAAGUUUCGUGCUUGUCGGCUGGUCGUUUGGUGGUGCCCCAGUAUUUACCGUUGGCGGCUCUGACAAACGUACCGCCGAGACAGAGGGCAUUCGCACAUUGUCCCCAAAGCCGCUUCUAUUGUUGCAUGGGACUGGGGAUCGAACGCUGAGUAAGAGCUGUUCGGAGAGCUUGUAUGAACGGUAUGGGACGAAGGGCGAUAGGUAUCUUCACCUGUUUCCCAACGACGACCAUGCGCUUACAAGAAACUCGCUGGAGGCAGAGCAGCUCAUUGGGGGCUUUAUAUUGAAGUGUGCUGGAAUUAAGGCGGGGCGUGCCGAUGAUGGUGUUCUUGCGGAGAAGUUGGUGAAGGACGACGAGAAAGUGGAGUUGAUGGAAAAGGGAGGCGAUUUGCGACGCAACGAAAGUGUCGAGUGA